ACAACGUGUGCCUUUAGCAAAGAUUCUUGGCUUGACUCAUUAAACAUGACGUUGUAGACACUCCUUUUAUGUGUAUUCCUCAAGGCCUGUCUAUUAUGAAUUACCAAGAACUGAUGGAAUUGAUCAUACAAGCUGGGAAAAAAAUUUACUGGUAAUGCUCAAGGCCGCAGAUCUGGUCCCAGCUGUGUUCCAGGACUAUUUUCAAAUCAUCCUCUUUUAAAAGCAAGCCCAUAAAAUUAUUAAAUUUUACACGUAACCAGCAAACAUUAUGGGCAUUUAGGCACAAUCUAGUAAUGCAUGAAUCUUAGUAAUAUAUUAAUAAGGCCAUAGAAGGAAUGGCAUGAUUAAAACAGCUUAUUUUGUUCUGUGUCAAAUGGUGGUCACCAUGGCUGUGGCAUUCGGGGUCUCAUUGAAUAAACAAACAGGGCUUUGAAUAUGUGCUUUUUUUUUGUCACCUGCUUCAUCAUAGCCUUCUAGUUCUGUAAGGCUACAUUUUCAAGUGUUUUUCAGUUAGGUGCAAUCAGAGCAAACAGAUGCAUGUGCUGCACAGGACACAUGUUCCAAACAGACUGCAGAACAAAAUCUUAUUUCAAACAUCUCGGUUUUGAAUAAAUAAAGACAGUCUCCCCCUGUUGCAACCAUAUUAUGCAUGAACAAGGCUAUUUUUAACAAAAACAUGUAUACGUGUAAAUAAACAUUAUUCUAUUUAGGUUUUGUUUUUGUUCUGUUAAUGUACAUAAGAAUUGGUGUUGUUAUUGACUACAUAAAAAUUAACCGUAAAUGUGAGUUCUCGUCACUGUUUGUGAAACGGCAGUAAGUCUUUUUUAUGGCCGUUGUUCGUCUUUAGUGUCUGUAUGAGACUCGGGUGGUGUGUCUGGAAAACAUGCUGGUCUGAGCCUACGUGAAUUCAGGGUUUGAUUGAAGAUGCGUGCUUGCGUUGUCAUUUUGGACCACUGGUAUCAGCAAGACUUUGAAUCUCGCAAAUAGGUCCAAAAAAGACAGUUGAGUUUUUGCUUUUAUAUUAAUGCCAAACCAAUACAGUGAAAGACAGAGCAUUCUUUCUCCAUUAGGUCAGUGAUGGUACGUGCUGGUUAGAUCCUGCUUCUUAAGAUGUCAGCUUCAGAUUCUGACUAUUCCAUUGACUGGCUGGCCAGUGACGAUGAGGACAACGAUAGUGAGUUAGAACCAGACUGUACCAAAGCACAAGAACAAACCAACUUGCCAAAAUCCCCCUCCUCGGGGGUCAUCCAGGGGACCCAGACUUGCCAGUCACUCUCAAAGAGGAAUGGAGAUAAAGGGGAGGUAAUGGACAAAGAGAACAUGAGCUCUUGGGGAAGUUCUCCUUCCAGCUGCGAUAGUUCCGACUACAGCGAAGACGGUGGCCGUUGUCACCUGGGACAAGAGACUCGGACCAAUUACAGCCGGUGCCCUGAGAGCCCUGUAGGCAAAAAGAGGCAGGCACUGAAGAGAACAUGCAGCUCCAUGGUCCUGGAGCAAAGGGAGAGGCAGCUCAAACCUGAACAAAUGGAGAAAGACAGGCUGUUCGCUUGCAAGUGCUUGGAGCUGCAGUGUUACAUUCAACCACUGUCCUCGAUCCUUAAUGGCCUCCGCUCAGGCAGAUACCGAGAACGCCUCAGCACUUUUCAAGAGAGUGUGGCCAUGGACCGCAUCCAGAGGAUAAUGGGGGUCCUGCAGAAUCCCUGCAUGGGGUGAGUUUCCUGCUUUUUCUCUUCACCUCACUCACGGGCGGCUUGAGGGUGGGCUUUAGUCAGCACAGCACUCCAUCACGGAUCGAUCGUAUGGAUGUUGUGUCCAUUUACUUAAUCUACCUCAAUCCACUUUCACCUUCUUGUGAGGGAAUCUUGUUUCAGUGCUUUGUGUUUACACACAUUAGUGGCAAGGUUGAAUUCUCCCACAUCACUUGCGAAUGACAUUUACGCCCUCGGUCGGGUCUGGCUCUGAGGCUAUAAGUGAACGAGUCAAGGUAAUGUGAAAACACAUGGCCUCACAGCAUGAUGCAGCAAGGGGGGCCGCAGGGCCAGUGCGGACCUGCCACCACAAAUCUAAAAGCGGCUGGACAAGAAUAGAGCUCAAACGCAGGUCGUUAAAAAUGUCCCAGCUCCCUUGCGGGAGUAGCCUGUCAUCCGAUUGAUUAGCCUUCCUCUAGCUAGACCGUGCAAAGACUAUGAUGUCGUCUUUGGGAGGAGUCAGUGUUCUCUUGCAUCAAAUGACCUCAUAAUGGAUCGGGCUGGGCUU